CCCACCAACAGCCUGCCAGUGAGAGCCCGAGCCUGGGACCUCACCGUCGGAAAAGCGAUUGGAAGGGCAGCGGAAGCGCCCCCCCGAAAACCCCGCACACCCACGAGACAGGGUUGUAUUCUGGACCGCGGCCCGCCUAGCGGCCGAAGCGGCGGCCUCUCCGCCGGUACUCGUCGAGGGCGGCGUCGAGGUCGCGCUCGGCGAAGGCGGGCCAGUGCUUCUCCACGAACACCAGCUCGGCGUACGCGGCCUGCCACAGCAAGAAAUUCGAGAGCCGCCGCUCGCCCGACGUCCGGACCACGAGGUCGGGCGGCGACCGCAGCAGCAGCUCGCGCUCGACCGCCGCCUCGUCGAUCUCGCCGGCGGCGAGCUCGCCGCGCGCGCAGCGCGCGGCGAGCGUCCGGGCGGCGCGCGCGAUCUCGCCCCGCGCGCCGUACGAGACCGCGAUGUUCAGCACGAGCCGCGGGGCGGGGACGGGCGCCGUCGCCGCCUCGAGCCGGUCCAGCGCCGCCCUGGCGGCGCGCGGCAGGCGCUCCGGCGCCGUGCACAGGAUCCGGCAGCGGAUGCCGCGCUCGACGCAGCGCCGCUCGACCUCGGCCGCGCGCGCGACGAACUCGCGCAUGAGCGCCGCCACCUCGCCCGCGUCGCGGUCCCAGUUCUCGGUCGAGAACGCGAAGACCGUCAGCUCCGCGACGCCGCGGCCCAGGCACCAGUCGACGACCUCGCCGAGCUUGCGCGCGCCGGCCGCGUGGCCCUCGAGCCGCCGCUCGGGCCCGAACGCGCGCGCGCCGAAGCGUCGGUUGCCGUCCAUGAUGAUGGCGACGUGCCGCGGCGGCGGCCCCGCCGCGUC